AUGGCUGCUUUUCUGCCUUUUCAUUAUCAUACUAUUGUCCCAGUUGUGAAGAAGGGCCUGGAUACACGGGACGUCGACCACAACGUGUCUCCUGGCUACAAUUUCAGGUUUGCCAAGUACUACAAAGACCUGGCUGGCAACGAGCAGCGCACACUCAUCAAGGCCUAUGGCAUCCGCUUCGACAUCAUCGUGUUUGGGAAGGCAGGGAAAUUUGAUGUCAUCCCUACCAUGAUCAACAUUGGCUCUGGCCUGGCGCUGCUGGGCAUGGCGACCGUGCUGUGUGACAUCAUAGUCCUCUACUGCAUGAAGAAAAGAUUGUACUAUCGGGAGAAGAAAUAUAAGUAUGUGGAAGAUUACGAGCAGGGCCUUGCUAGUGAGUUGGACCAGUGAUGCCUACCCCAUCAAAGAACAGAGAGGAGGAGGGAGAAAUGGCUGUCACAUCACCCCAGAGAAAGUUCUGGAAUCUGAUCGAGUCUGCGCUCCACAAGUACUCAGGGUUGCCCACAGCUCCUGUGUGUCAUGUGCAGGAUCUGUUUGCCCACACAGCCCAGUAGCUCCCGGGUCUGUUCUUGGCUGGGUCAACUCUGUGGUUCUUGCAGCCUGGGGUUAUGGGUGAGCGCUGGCCCGAGGCAGUGGCACUGCUAUGGCUUUCCGGGCAGGAGCUGGCUUUGCCUCUAGCUCCCUACAGAACAGGCCCAGUCCUCCGAGGCACCGCGGCUCUGUUCAAGCACUUUAUGUGGCAGAGGAGGCCACCUGGUUGCUGACACUAGACCUGCAGCAGGCCUGGGCUACAAGGCUGCCCCUGACAUUCCCUGCAGUCAGGAGGCAGAGCGGGCAUUACUC